AUGAUACAGGAUAUCGAAGCCAAAAUCAAGAAGGACAAUCCUGAGUUUUCCAUUUACCUACCUGAAGAACCGGCUAGACCAGAGUCCUCAGUUGACCCUGCAUUGACUGCAAAGAGAACGCUCGAAACUCGUCAGAGGGACGUUAAUUGCGAUCCGAGAUAUGGAUUUGGAUAUAUCGGCGAUGUGAUAACGGCUAGAGAUAAUCUGAGGCGUAUCGCGGGUAAUAGCUGCAAAGCUAGAGCUCGAACAUGUAUUCGUACACAAUGUAUCAACGAUGCAGCCAUCGGUAUUUGCAACGACAAUUAUCAUGACAUUGAUAUUCAAUGUACUCAAAUCUCCGACUGGACUCUUGUCAUCGUACAGAGUUGCCAAGAGUCGGUUUGGCAUUGCCCUUGGACGCCGGGAGAUCAAUGCGUCAUCCUUAGUACCACUGUCAGAGGACAGGUCUUCUCUCCUGGCAAGACCUGGAAUGUCAUUGUUGGAAGCUGUGGUUUCUUUGGCAAUCCAGAAAGACCAGUCAAGAUGUAG